CUCCGCCUCCGUUACAACAAACUUGUAUACACUGCCGCCCACCACGUAUAUCAACUCACGCAAAUAGCACCUUCAUACCAUACAUUAAUCCACUCUUUCGUCAUGAACCAAGAGCAAGCUAACCGAAUCGUCGGAGCGAUUCGCACGCUUGACAGCAGUGUUAAACUUCUCCAAAACGAACUCAACAACCGUCUUGACAACGUGGAGCGUCGUUUGACCAAUUCUGAAAGAACCAUUGUUCGUACUGUUGGACCAAACGCAGUUCCGGCAGUUCCUUCGUUCUCGGACGCGCCUUCAAUAUACCAGCCCACUCCUCCUCCCCCGCCCCCGGUGUACGGUCCGCCCCCAGCCUCACAUGGCUACGUUCAAACGCCACCUCAAAACGCGAAUGCUCUUCCAGCUCCUAGGACAGUUGGUAGCAGGCUGAAUGCAAGCUUCCUUCCAUACGCGAUGGAAAUGAUCGGCGCAUGCGGCGCGCCUACCUACUCCGUCAACUGCUUCCGCGACGACCAUUAUCGGUGGUGCCGUGUACACCAGCGGCCCAUCCUGAAGCCGCAUAACAAAUGCGGUAGGGCCUACGAUGGCUGCAGUCAGGUCAAGUGGGAGCAUCAUAUCAACUGGAAUAUACUGGUUCAACAGUCUUAUGCGGCAGGUUAUCUGGGGAAGAAAGGUGUGCAUGGGUUGGAUGAGGUGUUGUUCCCACGCAACCUCUAUCCGCAGAAAUACAACGCCCAAGGCUGGUAUACAGGCUAA